GUACUCGCGCAGCAUCGACCCACAUCGAGGAAGCCAGCUGAGUUCACGGGUUGUCAGUGACAGAUAUCGUAUGUGUGGGUGUUCGUUUAAGUUUAGCGUGUUCAUGUAAAUUAAUUCAGUGUGUGUGAAUGCACGUCUGAAGUGUGCUCUUUAUAGAAAACGGCGAAGCUAUGUGACAUCUCACAGUGUUCAUUUAAGGCUGAGCCAGCGUGACGACAUGAGUCGCAAUUUGGAGUCGUCGACUCAGCUGACCGAGUUUGCGCCUCUGAGCCCCGAACCACAUCAACCAGCCGUCGGCCUCUUCUUGUCUCGCAUCUUCAAGUUCAACCGAGACGGGUCCCAUCAAUCAUCCCAUUCAUUCAGGAUCAUCAAUCCAAUCAGUUCAUCCUCCAUCAGUCAUCCGUCAUCAGUCAUCCGUCAUCAGUCAUCCUCCAUCAGUCAUCCGUCAUCAGUCUCCGUCAGCAGUACAGUCGUCACAGUCAUCCGUCGAUCAGUCAUCCGUCAUCAAGGUCAUCCAUCAUCAUCAUCCAUCAUCAUCAUCCAUCACCAUCACCAUCCCAUUCAACAUCAUCACAUCAAUCGGUCAUCACCUCUUCAGGCAUCACCCCCCAUAUCAUUCACCCCCAUUCAUCACCCCCAUCAUCCCACCAUUCAUCAUCACCAUCAUCAUCCCAAUCAUCAUCACAAUCAUCCAUCACCAAUCAUCAUCACCAAUCCUCAUCACAAUCAUCUCAGCCAAUCAUCAUCACAUCAUAUCACAUCAUAA